AGUCGACAUAACUCAUUGUGACUACUACUUGUCAUCUUCCAAGUUCUCCUUACACAGCUAUUUACCGAAUCAAAUGAUCAGUGAUUCUGUGUACUUUUACUACUUUUUGGUUCACCUCCCAAUAACGGUGUUUAUGGAUGCGACCUUCGUCAUCCCUACCGAAUACCAAUUGCCGAUUCAGAAACAACUGAGUUUGUUCCACAUCCAGCAAAACAAGGACUUUUUGGCAGUCGAAGCUCCAUUAUGGGUCAGACUGUUUGUGAUUUGGGAACUCGUUUUCCAACUUCCGUUCUUCGUCUACGCUGCAAUCAACUAUUUACAAAAUGGCAGAACAAAGUACUCGGAGAGAACGUGGCCAAUGUUUUUGCUCUACGGAUUCAACGCGGGAUUUACGAGUCUCGUCUGUCUCAUUUAUGUCUGGACAGAGAGUGGUAGGCAUGGCUUGACAAUGGGAGAAACCGCAAAUCUCCUCGGUCUGUACACCCCUACGACACUCAUUCCAUUCUACAUGAUGUACGAUUUCUGGGUUCGAAUUGCAGAUCAAUUGCAAUCUGUUGAACACGAUAAAAAAGAUUUAUAGUCUCAUUAUAGCGACGUAUAUAUGAAAUAGACAUAAACAAAAGAAAAGGCGCAUGUAAAGACGCACGAAGCUACAAAAUACCACUAAUUGUGCUCUUUUUCGACGUUUAUGCCGAGUACUUGGCACUCAAUUCAUCAACCAAAGCAAUGUACUUUUGCUCAGCUUCUUCUUGAGAGGUCCCCUUCAAUUUGGUCCAAGCCUCCCACUUAUAUUUGCCCUUGAAGUCAAACAUUCCUGGCUUCUCGGUUUCGUUGUCACCAACGGUGGCUUGCUUGUAUAAGCCGUACAACUCAAGGAGCUCAUCGUCGGAAGGUCUGGUUGGAAGCUUGUUAACAGCUUCGGCCUGCACCAGGAAAAGUAUCAACAGCCAAACAAGGCUGGGGACGAACGUUAGUACAUGAGCUUCGUACGGGAGAAGAUUCCAC